AUGGCCAGCAGGUUUCAAGUGUUAGUCUUUGGUGACUUAUCCAUUCCCUAUCAUGGCGAACUGCGACGUCUCCUCGGGAAAACGCACGACUGUGCUCUGGCGUCCCUGUUUUCAGACACGCAUCAUGUGCUCAGAUCCGAAAUAUCUCGCCUGUCGCCUAGUCAGAGGGACGGCUUUUCCCAUUCUUCCAACCUUUCCGAGCUCCUGAUUGCUCGGGAGUCGUCACAGAUUCCCAACUGCGCGUUGGAUUGUGCCCUCGUGUGUCUUUGUCACAUUGCCUCCUUUGUAUCAUAUACGAAUGAGCCCGGCAAGACUUAUCCCCGCCAGUCACACUCCAGCCUGUACGGCAGUUGUAUUGGCCUCUUGGCAGCUGUGGCUGUAAGCUGCGCCGAAAAUGUGCUCGACCUCGUCGAAGUCGCGCCGCACAUUGUAGCCUUGGCUUUCAGGCUAGGCCAUAUGGUGCAAACCAGGACGGCGUCUGUCGUUUCCAGAGCCGAAGGGCAAUUGUCGUGCUCGUCAGUGGUCGCCGGCUUUGAUGAAGACACCAUUGCUCCGUGUCUUGAGGCGUACUGCACAUCAAGAGGACUGGCCUCAGUCAGCCGCGUGUAUAUCAGCGCUAUUGGCAGUGGCUCCAUCACAAUCUCGGGGCCACCUUCACACCUGAAAGACUUCUUGUUACAUCACCCGACUUUCAAGGCGGGAAAGAUUGGAGUGGCCGGACUCUUCCAUUCCUCACGCCUCUACACAACGGCCGACGUGGACGCGCUCGUCUCAGGGUUGGACGCGUCUCUAAGAAGCAGGGCCGUCCGCCUGGAUGUCGUCGCCAACUCUUUCGAGGCAGUCAAACAUUCGCAGGAAGCGACUUGCAAAGAGCUGCUGCAACGCGUCGUCUGUGACAUCCUGCUUCAUCGACUGAGGUGGGACCUUGCCAUUGAGACGGCGCCGAGAACAGUGGGAAGUUCGGCAUUUUCCGAGGUAGAAAUUAUCCCCUUUGCUUCGAGCGGCGUUGAGAGUCUCGCUGCCGCUCUUCGGUCCUCUGAGGCGAUUAGGUCUGUGGACGUGUUAAGCACCGUCCCGUUGCCGCCACAGAGUGAGAGUGAAUCGACAUCUGGGAGCAAGUCUGACAGAUCGAGAAUCGCCAUUAUUGGCUUCUCGGGGAGAUUUCCCGAGGCUGAUAAUAACGAGGCAUUUUGGGAGCUCCUCGCUGCCGGGCUAGACGUGCACAAAGAGAUCCCGAAAGACCGCUUCGAUCCCUGGCUAUACUACGACUCAACGGGUGAAAAGAAGAACACCAGCGGCGUCACCAUGGGGUGCUUUGUCCGCCAUCCUGACCUCUUUGACGCUCGGUUCUUCGGCAUGUCCCCCAGGGAGGCCGAUCAAGCUGAUCCUGCACAACGGCUGGCAUUGAUGACGGCAUAUGAAGCCAUGGAGAUGGCUGGAUUCGUGCCAGACUCGACGCCGUCCACACAGCGUAGCCGCGUGGGCGUCUUUUACGGAACUGCGAGCGACGACUACCGCGAAACAAACGCGGCCCAGAACAUCGACACAUACUUCGUCCCCGGCGGCAGCAGGGCGUUUCUGCCAGCACGAAUAAACUACCACUUCCGCUUCAGCGGGCCGUCUUUCGACGUGGACACGGCUUGCUCUUCAGGUCUUGCUGCUAUUCACAUUGCCUGCAACUCCCUGCUAGCCGCGGACUGUGAUGUUGCCAUUGCCGGCGGCACAAACAUAUUGACCAACCCGGACAACUGGGCCGGUCUCGACCGUGCCCACUUCCUAUCCCGUACCGGAAACUGCAAGACUUUUGAUGACGGGGCAGACGGGUAUUGUAGAGCCGAGAGCGUGGCAACGGUGCUGCUCAAGCGGCUUGACGACGCUCUGCUGGAUGGCGACCCCGUCUACGGCACCAUCCUUGGAGCCUACACAAACCACUCGGCCGAGGCCGUUUCCAUAACCCGCCCACAUUCCGGUGCACAAAGAUCCAUCUUUGGUCGAAUUCUGACAUCGUCUCAUGUCGAUAGCUCCAGUGUUAGCUACGUCGAGAUGCACGGGACGGGGACACAGCACGGCGACGCCUGUGAAAUGGACUCUGUUCUGAACGUCUUUGCUCCCGAGGGCUGUCGUCGAGACAAAGCUCUGUAUCUGGGGUCAGCAAAAGCGAACAUAGGCCACGGUGAAUCUGCUUCCGGAGUUUCCUCGCUCAUCAAGGUUUUGCUCAUGAUGCAAAAGAGCACCAUUCCUCGGCACGUGGGCAUCAAGACCAAGAUCAAUAGGAACUUUCCCACAGACCUUGCCCAGAGAAAUGUCCACAUCCCAUUCGAGACUACUCCGUGGUUGAGACCUGACCCCAAGGAGAGCCCGUGCGGGAGGAUAGCCUUUGUCAACAAUUUCGGCGCUGCCGGCGGGAAUUCCUCUGUUCUCGUGCAAGACGGGCCCGUGAGGUCGGGCGUCGAGGACGAUGAUCCUCGACAGUUCCACAUCGUUGCCGUGUCUGCCAAGUCUCAGACAUCCUUUAGGAAUAACAUGCUCGCGCUCUCCAAGUAUCUCGAUGCCCAUCCGCUUGUUUCGCUUGGCUCCCUCUCCUACACGACUACGGCUCGGCGCGUUCACUACGGCUACCGCACCGCCGUGGCGGGCUCCAGUGUCCGUGACAUACGGGAGGCUCUUGAGAAGGCGGCAAUGACGGAGAAGCACCUGUCCACGGCGGGGAGUGCAACACCCUUGGGCUUCUGCUUUACCGGUCAGGGCUCCCAGUACCUCUCCAUGGCAAAGAAGCUUCUCGCGCUACCGCGGUUCUUGUUCUUGACCAAGGCACUGGAAGACAUUGUUCUACUCCAGGGUUUUCAGCCAAUCCUUGACGUACUAGAGGGUACGACACACCUUCCAAUGGAACAGCUUCCUCCCGUAAAAGUACAGCUGGCCAUAACCUGUUUGCAAAUAGCCCUGGGUAAGCUUCUGACCGGGCUUGGAAUCCGACCGCAGGUGGUCAUCGGGCACAGUCUCGGCGAGUAUGCCGCCAUGAACAUUGCCGGGGUGCUAUCUGACGCGGACACCAUACAUCUCGUCGGCACGAGAGCAACUCUUCUAACCGAGCAUUGUUCCAUGGGAACCCAUGCAAUGCUGGCUGUCAAAGCAUCUGUAGACAAGGUGGUUCCGUUCUUGUCUCGCCGACCCGGCCUAGAGAUUGCUUGCGUCAACGGGUCGGAGGAGACCGUGGUUGCCGGCCCCAGGGACGCCAUCAAUUCGCUCGUCGAUGUCCUCGACACGCAAUCGGCAAGGACGACGCUGCUCAAGGUUCAGUUUGCCUUUCACUCUGCUCAAGUGGAAUCGAUGCUAGCGAGCUUCAGACAAAGCUGCGCCUCUGUGGUUUUCAAGGACCCAGCUGUUCCGUUGUUGUCACCUCUCUUGGGGAAAACAAUCAGUGACGUUGCCGAUUUCGGGUUUCCCGCCGACUACCUGACCCGCCACUGCCGCGAAACGGUCAACUUUCACAACAGUUUGCUUUCUGCAGCAGACUCGGGGGUCAUCUCCGACAAGACGGUCUGGGUAGAAGUCGGGCCACACCCAGUCUGCGGCAACAUGCUCAAGUCCGCUCUGGGGUCGUUGGCCAAGUCGCUCCCCACGCUGCGGCGUGAUGAGGAUGACUGGAAAGUGUUUACGUCGACAUUGACGAGUCUGUACUGCUCAGGGCUUUCCAUCAACUGGGAUGAGUAUCACGGCGGCUUGACGAAGAACAAGCAGGUUCUGUGCCUCCCCUCGUAUCAAUGGGAGUUGAAGAGCCAUUGGAUCCCAUAUGUCCACGACUGGUGCUUGACAAAGGGCGAUGCGCCGCCUGAACCCCAGUUGCUGGCGCAUACUCGGCCUGAUUUUCGGCAUGGGCCGUUCACGACAUCGGUGCAGGACAUUAUAUCGGAGAAAUACACUGGUGACGAGGCCUGCAUCACGGCACGGUCUGACGUUCAGCAUCCCGACUUCCGGGAAGUGCUACUGGCGCACAGGGUGAAUGGCCGGCCAGUAUGCUCGUCGGCCGUGUACGCGGACAUGGCCUUGACCCUAUUCACCCGACUCCUCGAGCAUUCUGCCGUGCGCUUCGACAAGUCCGACAUUGGCAUCGACGUCUCAAACAUGGUUGCCGACAAGGCCCUCAUACUCAAUGACGACCCGUCACAGCUCGUGGAGAUGAAGGCUUCAGCACAGUGGUCGACGAGACGGGCCACGUUUACCAUUUGUAGCAUCCCCGGAACCGGAGCAGAGGUUUCACACCACGCAAAGUGCACCGGGUCCUUUGUGGAAAAGAGUCAGUGGAGAAGGGAGUAUCAACGACGUGAUUUCCUCGUCAAGGCCAGGGUCGACCAUCUUCGACGGUCGAUUCAUGACAACUCGGGGUCGGUCCAUCUGAUCAAGACGGGCAUGUUUUACAAGCUGUUCAGCGCUCUCGUCGACUACCACCCGUCGUUCAAAGGAUGUCGCGAACUCGUCAUGCAUUCGGCGGAACUGGAGUCGUCGGCCAAGGUCAAGUUCGCCACGCCGCCCGGAACCGCUGACAAGUGGAUGACGCCUCCGUACUGGCUCGACAGUUUGGGUCAAAUCACGGGUUUCACGAUGAACGCCAACGACGAAGUGGACUCCAAGAACCAGGUGUUUAUCAACCACGGAUGGGAAAGCAUGAAGCUCAUAGAGCCGCUUUCCGAAGACGUGACGUACACGACGUAUCUCAAGAUGCGGCAAAGGGACAAGAGCACAUACGUUGGGGAUGUGUACAUUUUCAAUGAGGGAGUUGGCGAUAUCGUUGCCGUGUACGAGGGAGUGGCUUUCUCGGCAGUACAGAGAAGUGUGCUCGACAAGGUGCUGCCGAAGCCCAAGACAAAUGCCGACACGUCCAGAACCGUCCUUCUUUCAAAGCCUGUCCAUGAGAGCCAGGGUCCAGAGUCUGGUCUGGAACAGCCGACGGAGCUGCCCGUGCUGCUGCCGUCGCAUAAAGACGAUGUGUCUGCCGACAGGAUCAGAGCCAUAAUCGCAGAGGAGGUUGGGGCCGCCGUCUCUGAUGUGCAGGAUGAAGCAAAACUCGACGAGCUGGGAGUCGACUCUCUGCUCGUGCUGACCAUCUCGGACCGAAUGCUGGAAGAAGUCCAUGUAAAGGUCGACUCGGCGGCUUUCAUCGCCUGCACAACGGUGGGGGAGUUUAUUCAGCUUGUAUCCGGCUCUUCAACGCCCUCCUCAGACUCAACUCCGCCCGUGACUCCUCCGCCAACGACGCGGGAGCUGGAUCGUGGCGACGCCCGUCUGUCCCGAGGGGUGGAAGCGGCGCUGUUCUCUCUGUCCAUUGACUCGGACGAGUAUUCCCACAUCGAAGACCCGAACGACGAAGAUAAGCAAACCUUGCCCCUAGGCAUCGUCGCUCCGGCUCCGACACUACCCCGGCAACCAACUCAGGUACCGCCGGCCACUUCAGGGCUCCUGCAGGGAAGCCCGUUGACCUGUUCGAGGAGGGUGUGGCUGUUCCCAGACGGAUCCGGCUCGGCUACGUCGUACCUACCGAUCCCAGACGUCGACGCGGCAAAGGUGGCCGUCUACGGUCUCAGCAGCCCCUACGUCAGACAUGGCGACAGCAAGCCGUGCCAGUUUGAAGAGCUGACGACUGCGUAUCUCACGGAGAUGCGCAGGCGCCAACCGGCAGGGCCGUACAUUGUAGGCGGCUGGUCCGCGGGCGGCAUCAGCGCAUACGACGCCGCCCAGCGCCUCGUUGCCGACGGAGAAUCCGUAGACGGACUCAUCUUGCUGGACAGCCCGAGGCCCAUUGGGCUCAGGGAGCUGCCUCCAAGGCUGUACGGCGAGCUCGACAAGCUCAACGUCUUCGGGUCAGACGGCCAGAGGCCCCCGUCCUGGCUGCUUGCGCACUUCGUAUUGUUUGCCGGCAUCCUGAGCACCUACAAGCCUCGGGUCUGGGAGUCGACAAAGUCCCUGCCGACAUGGGCCCUCUGGGCGAGGAACGGCGUGGAUGAGGACGGCCUGAUUGAAAUUUGGCCAGACGAUCCCGACAAUAUGCUCUGGCUGUUGCACAGACGAGCGAGGCUCGACGCGAAUGGCUGGGACGAACUCGUCGGCCCGGCCAGCAUUACCGUCGAUGUUGUUGAGGGGUCGCACCACUUCAACAUGCUGAAGCAGCCCGGUGCCAACAAGGUUGCCGACUUUAUCAGAAGAGCGGUCACUUGCAUGAGCGGCGGCGUACUAUAG